AUCGUUCAAAAAAUCCAGCAUUUUAAGCUGAAAAACUUCAAUAAAUAGCGCAAAGAAAUUCUGUUGCUGAUUAGUCGCGUUUUAAUUAUUAAACUGAACAGAAAGAAAAUGAACUCGAAAUUCUUAAUAAUAUUUAUAUUUUUUUAUAUACAAGAAAGUUUAUCAUUAGCAAGUGAUGAUGAGAUGCAGGCACAGUUUAUUGUGAAUGAUGUUUCUGAAGAAAUGAAGUUGAGAAUGUUUAAAACAAAUACAGCUUCUUGGAAUCACGCAUCUAAUUUAACAGAUGAAAAUGAAAGAAUUAAUGCAAAAGUUCAGGCAGAAUAUGCAGCAUAUGUGAAAGGUGUUGCACAAGAUUUAGCAGUUUUUGACUACAACAGUUUCGAGAAUAAAACCUUAAAAAGAUUAGUCAAAUUUUUAACAAAUAUUGGUGAUGCAAAACUUAGUGAAACUGAUUUUAAUGACAUUCAAGAUGCUGUCUCGCGCAUGCAGUCAACCUUCGCAAAAGUUAAAGUUCCAGAAUUUAAGGAUCGUUCCAAAUUAGUAAGCUUGGAGCCAGAAAUUACUGAAGCAUUUGCAAAAAGUCGCAAUCCAGAGGAAUUAAAAUAUUAUUGGAUUAAAUGGUAUGAUGGAGCUGGACUUCCAAAUAAGAAGGAUUUCUUCAAGUAUGUUGGAUUGAGGAACAAGGCAGCAAACAUGAAUGGGUUCAAAAAUGGUGCUGAUACAUGGCUGGAUGAAUAUGAAGAUCCAACGUUUGAGAAACAAAUUGAUGACAUUAUGGAUCAAAUAAAACCACUCUACAUGCAACUUCAUGGCUAUGUCCGUCAUAAGCUUGCUGAAUUCUAUGGACCUAAUGUAGUCGAUAAAACAAAAGCCAUUCCAAUGCAUCUGUUAGGAAAUGUUUGGGCACAACAAUGGAAUAUUGGCAAUUUAGUUCUUCCAUAUAAAACUGAAGAUCCAGACAUUGAUUCAGUAUUGGUUAAGAAAAAUUACACUCCUUUAAAAAUGUUUCAGGAUUCAGAGCAAUUCUUCACAUCAAUAGGUUUAUCGCCAAUGCCUUCAUCAUUUUGGGAGAAAAGUAUAAUAGAAAAACCAAAUGAUGGCCGUGAAAUGGUGUGUCAUGCUAGUGCUUGGGACUUUUCUAUAAAUAAUGAUGUUCGUAUUAAGCAAUGUACAAGAAUUACAUUUGAAAGUUACAAGACUGUCCAUCAUGAGAUGGGCCACAUCGAAUACUAUCUCCAAUAUAAUCAUCUUCCACCUGUAUUUCGUGCUGGUGCCAAUCCAGGUUUUCAUGAAGCAGUAGGCGAUACAAUUGCCCUAUCUGUAGCUACACCAAAGCACAUGCAUCGUAUUGGAUUACUAGAUGAAGUUAAUAAAGAUCGAAAGAGUCAAAUUAAUCAGCUACUGAAAAUGGGAAUUGAAAAAUUACCAUUCUUGCCAUUCUCAUAUGUUUUUGAUAAGUAUCGAUAUGAAGUUUUUCGUGGAACUGUGACUUCAGAAAAUGCUAAUACGCUGUUCUGGGAUAUGCGCAAAAAGCAUGGUGGUGUUGCACCACCAAUUGAGAGGACUAAUAAGGAUUUUGAUGUCACUGCUAAAUAUCAUGCAAGUGCGGAUGUUGAGUAUUUAAGAUACUUUGUUGCAUUCAUACUUCAAUUUCAAUUCCAUAAAGCUUCCUGCAUCAAAGCCGGAGAAUAUGAAAUGAAUAAUCCCGAGAAAACUCUUGCUGAUUGCGACAUUUAUCAAAGCAAAGAAGCUGGAGAUGCAAUAAAAAAAAUGCUUUCAUUGGGAUCAUCAGUUCCAUGGAAUGAUGCAUUAGAAGUGAUUACUGGUGAUCGUCAACUUGACGCGAAUGCAUUGUUGGAAUAUUUUGCACCUCUGUAUGAAUGGCUUAAGGAAGAAAAUACAAAGUUAAAUGCUCACAUCGGAUGGGAUGACUAAAAAUCAAAAGUUUAAAAAUACACAAUUUUUUUUAAAUGUAAGGAUAUAAAAUCCAGCUUGCAGCAUUUCUAAA